UAUCCAAAAUUUAUCCAGUGAAUAACCGAUGUAGGACUAAACACACGCCUGCACGGAUCCUCACACUUAUAUAGGAGAAAGAUAAGAUAUAACAUGAUCUUACCAACCUAGCCUCUUGCAUGAGGGCUUCAUGCAGGCAGAGGAAAAAGAGGAGGAUCUGGUUGGUGCAAUAGAGGUGGAACUCGCAUCCAUUGAGACUUGUCUAAUGGAUACUGCUGCUCUUUUUGAGGCUCUAAUGUUGGUGGAUUUGAUGGAGCGGCUUGGAAUCCAAAGAUACUUCGAACACCAAAUCCGACGUAUUUUACGCACAAGCUACAUGCAAUGGGAUGAUAGGUAUGGGUUGAAUGAUGCAAAAGCCACAGUAUUAGCCUUUCGCUUGCUGAGGCAUCAUGGCUACCCCGUCUCUGCAGGUGUUCUUAUGGCUUUAGAGGAUGGGGAAAAGAGCUUUUAUGAAUGUUUCUCCGUCGAUUCACCAACCAAUAUAUCAGCUAUGUUGAACCUGUAUAGAUGCUCUCGGACAGGCUUCCCGACUGAAUCAAAAAUAAUGGGAGAAGCACAGGAAUUUGCAAGGUCCCAACUCCUUAACGUCUUGUCCGAGGGGAACCCAACUCUUUUGCAGCCCAACAACCUUGGGAUAGAGGUAAAUUUUGCAUUGGAAUUGCCCCGUCAAGGCCUCCUGCCUAGAUUAAAGACAAUAAGCACUGUAAGACAAUUGUGGCCAGGAAAUGAGAGUACAAGAAAAUAUUUACAACUUGCAAAGUUAGACUUUCAAAAGUUGCAGAAGCUAUAUCAACAAGAGCUGGAGGAAUUUGAGAGUGGGCGGAGGUUGCAGGUACCUCUCCGGAGGAAGCAGAAUGGAUGCAUAUUGCAUUAGCGAACGCAUACCGAGCUACGAAUAAUACGUACGACUUGCCGCCGUCUGUCGGAUCCAAAAUGAUAACAUGGACAUCUGCAUUCUUGCUGGGAGAAAGGUUCACAGAUGAGAUGCUCAUGAGCCACCUUGGUCCAGACUCACGUUUCAUGUACCUCGUUUGCGUCGUAGGCCGGCUUGCCAACGACGUCGCCACCUUUCAAAGGGAUGUCCGGCAGGGAAAGUUGGCCACGGGGGUUGGCCGCUACAUGAGGGACCACCCAGGAGGAAGCAAAUGGCAGGUGUCGUCAAUUUGAUCGAGUCGGCCGAGGAGGAGCUGGACUGGGUGCUCUUUUGAUCGAGGGCGGUAGCGCCGGAAUUCUGCAGCCGUGCAGUCCUGAGUAGUGCUCGGAAUGCGGGCUUUCUUUAUAAGAGGAUGGAUGCCCUUCCCAAUACCGACGAAGAAUUCAGGAAGCUCUUCCAAGAUUUUGCAUUCAACCCACCGGUACGAAAGCCUUCUUGUGCCAGCAGGGAAACUUGAACUGUUUGCACGCAAGACACCUAUAUACGUUUCCCUCUGGGUCUGCCGGCGUUUGGAUUCAUGGCCUAUUAACACUGUUUCUCCCCUCACGUAAUCUGAACCCUGCAAGCAAAUUAAUUUCGGAGUUGAUAAGAAGAAACGAUGCUGUCCUCCGGAUAUGUUGCCCCGUGGGAAGGAGCAAACGCAUGGACAUUAUUAAUGGCUUUGAUUUCUGCAUAUGACUAGUAUAUGAAUAUCUGUAUGUAUUUUUAGCCCUACAUCGACUAUAUACUAGAUAAAUCUUGAAUGCUUAAAAGCGCCAAAAAAUUCAAAUAA